GCACGCGUCCCAACAAUAGGAGGCACGCUGCGGUUGAGUUGUAAAAAACACCGGGCUGGCAGGGCGGCACGCGCCACGGAGAAUAGAACAAAAUCAAACUCGUAAGGAAAACAAAUAUAUUUACUUUGCUCUUGAAUGUUUUGUUGUUGUUGUAAAGAUAUAGGCCUAUACAGAAAGCACUAUAGGCCCUGUGUGCUAAAUGUUAAUGUGCCUACAAUGAAACGGUGCAGUUAGGGUGCCUGUAGUAUUAUGAUUUCAAAAUAAAAAUGGAAUUUCUUGCCUGUAACAUAAGCUAUAACGAAAUGGUCCUUUGGAGACUUUAACGUUCGAGCUUUGCUGUCGUAUGCUUACAGAUCCAAUCAAAUUAAAUCACCUAAGAAAACAUUAUUAUGGUCUAGUCCUAAAGACCAAUUCCAUAAUGUGUUUAUAACGAAAUAACUCAUUUUUUGUAUUGCCUCUGGACCUUUUAUAUGCACGAUGAGAACACAGAACGCUUAGGUCUACCCCUCGAGCCUUUGGUGCAUGCACGCGCAUCUUGACAAUUAGCUGUAACACAAUUAACCGCCUUUUAUAUGCACGAUGAGAACACAGAACGCUUAGGUCUAUCCUCGAGCCUUUGGUGCAUGCACGCGCACCCUGACAAUUAGGUGUAACACAAUUAACCGCCUUUUAUAUGCACGAUGAGAACACAGAACGCUUAGGUCUACCCCUCGAGCCUUUGGUGCAUGCACGCGCACCCUGACAAUUAGGUGUAACACAAUUAACCGUGAAAUUGAGUGGGACCGGACCGAUGGGAAACCGGGUGGAUGGAGGUUAGGGGCAGUAAUUGAAUUUCUGCUUUUCAUUAUAAAGUUUCAGCUUUCCUGUCAAUGAUAACAUUGGGGAAACAUUUGUGUGUACAGAAGUGCCAUAUGCAACCUCUCCUCCUCUUGCGCUACAAAUACGUCAACGGAUGCCUUGUCUUUUUAAUAGUCGCUUGCUCCUUUGGUGGUCGUUCCGUCAGCCAGCCAGUCAGCCAGCCAGCCAGUCAGUCCGACAGUCAGCCAGUCAGCAUGGCGCAGCGCUGAACUUUUGGGUAUUACAAUCUGGAUAUCAUUGUUGUUGAAGAGAGGAGGAGGGAGGAGAAGGGGGUGAAUAGUGGGCGGUGUUUAGUCUUGAUUGACAGUUUAUGUAAUGAGCAACGCAGCGCGAGUCUAUAAAUUGGGGGAGACGUCACUCCAAGUGUUCAUUCACGAGUAAUAAGACAAAUGGUGAACAGAGAUCCACGAGCGCAGCGCAAAAGUUAAGCACCAAAACAAGUCAAUGGUGUGGCAUCGUCCUACACGCUCACACACCGACGCUCACACCCGUUGUGGAGUGCUGUACUGUCCUACUGUGGACAGCGAGGAAGACAGCAGCCUGAGCACAAAGAGAGAGAUAGGUACAGAUAUUGGAUUUUGAUGUUAAACCUUCAUCUCUUUGGAUAACCUGGGGAUACUAAAAACGGUUCCUUUGGCGGUUUGGAACAUCCCACGAGGGUUCUAAAAACGGUUCCUUUUGGCGGUUUGAAACAUCGCACAAGGGUUCUAAAAACGGUUCCUUUGGCGGUUUGAAACAUCCCACAAGGGUUCUAAAAACGGAAGAACAACGAAGUGGAACUCGAAGAAGGAUUUAUAUUUUGUUCUUUCUUUUUUCUAUAUUUUUUCUACCACCACCCCCAACACUUUGGAAUAGGGGGCUUUGGAAUAAAGGGGAUAUAUUGGCGGGUGACGCGGUUGCCCAGGACAAGCGAGAAGGAUGGCAGUUUGGUUCACGUUUAUCAUCGCAUUCAGCACCACGAUACUGACACAGGUAUUUGGAUCCGGGGUUUUUGAGCUCGAUCUACAUGAAUUUACAAACAGCAAAGGAUUUCUGGCGAAUGGCAACUCUUGCAGGCUCAACUGCAGGACUUUCUUUCGAGUCUGUCUCAAAAACUACCAGGCUGUAGUGUCGCCAGGUGACUGUAUCUUUGGGAGCGCCGUGACACCGGUCCUGGGGACCAACUCGUUUAGCGUGAAGAACGGGGGCACUUUUGGCAGACCCAUCCGACUGCCUUUCAACUUUGGAUGGCCGGGAUCGUUUUCAAUGAUAAUUGAAGCCUGGUAUUCACCUUCAGCGGAUCUACCUGUAGACACCAGCAACCCAGAGAUGUUGAUUAGUUUCUUUGCCAUCCAGAGACAGCUGGGCGUAGGGACCCCCUGGUCUCAGAACAUUGAGAGCGUCCGACAGACGGAGUUAAGGUAUUCUUACCGCUUCAUCUGCAAUGACAAUUACUACGGAGAAAGUUGUUCCAAAAUAUGCACGCCGAGGGACGACCGUUUUGGCCACUACACCUGCGACCGUGAUGGCCAGUUGUCCUGUCUGCCCGGCUGGAAGGGGGAAUACUGCGAAGAACCCAUCUGCCUGGUGGGAUGCAGUGAAGGGAAUGGAAACUGCUCCAGUCCUGGCGAGUGUGUGUGCAGAGAAGGUUGGCAGGGUCUGUUCUGCGAUGAAUGUAAGAAGUACCCAGCGUGUAAACAUGGCACCUGCCAACAGCCUUGGCAGUGUAACUGUAAGGAGGGCUGGGGAGGGCUCUUCUGUGACCAGGACUUGAACUUCUGCACGCACCACCGGCCGUGUGUGAAUGGGGCGACCUGUAUGAACACAGGCCAGGGCAGCUUCACCUGUACCUGUCCCCCUGGGUUCACUGGGUUAAACUGUGAACUGGAGCUGCAGGAAUGUGACAGCAACCCCUGCAGGUACGGCGGACUCUGCACGAACCUGGAUGUUGGCUACAGGUGUUCGUGUCCGCAAGGUUUCGAGGGUUCCCACUGUGAACACAGCCUGCUGACGUGUGCAGACUCUCCUUGCUUCCACAGCGGACAGUGCCAUCAGAAGGACAAUGGUCGCAGCUACACCUGCGAGUGUCCUCCCGGAUACACCGGACUCAAUUGUGAGAAAAGAGUGGACAAGUGCACGUCCCUUCCCUGCGCCAACGGUGGUCUGUGUUUGAUCCAUGGUGGCGUGCGUCUGUGUAGCUGUCGCUCCGGUUUCACCGGCCAGCGCUGCGAGAUCAACAUCAACGAGUGUGCCGGGAACCCCUGCACCAACGGAGGGACCUGCCUGGACCGCAUCAACGACUACACCUGUGCCUGCCCCCCGGGGUACGCCGGCCGAAACUGUGACCGCGUCCUGGACGAGUGCUCCAUGCGCCCCUGUCUCAACGGAGGACUCUGCACCGGGGAAGGGGGACCGGGGAAAUCCCCCACCACCUGUAUCUGUCCCGCCGGCUUCACUGGACCCCGCUGUCAGUUCUUUGCAGUGACCCUGCCAGUCGGUGGUGAGAGGAUCAACGGAGAGAGCCAAGAUGGCUUCCAGUGGGCGGCAGUUUCCCUGGCUGUAGGGCUGGUUGCGUUUCUGGUGCUGCUAUGCAUGGUGGGGUUGGCUCUAAGACACAUCCACAGGCAGAUGGGCAGGGACAGAGGAGACCGGGAGACCAUGAACAACCUAUCAGACGUACAGAAGGAUAACCUUAUCCCCGCCUCCCAGCUGAAGAACACCAAUCAGAAGGUUGUACUGGAGGUGGACUGCGAAUCAGAGAAGUCAAAUUUUAUCCACAAGAACUAUCACUUGGACUAUAGUAACGCAAAGUCGAAGGAGUUCAAGGAUGAUACGUCGCAAGAGGAUAAAAGACUAAAUCACAUCUACGAGAAGUGUUUAGAAGAGAAACUACCGAUGAGUGGAAUGUACAGUGAAAAGGAGGAGUGUAGGAUAUCAACGAUAUGUUCCCCUCGAGACUCUCAGAUCUACCAGUCUGUCUUUGUUAUAGGAGAAGAGAAGAGGGAGUGCGUCAUAGCAACAGAGGUAUAAAGCUGUGUGAGGUAGAAAAGCGAGGGAGCAAGAAGGCGGAGGAGAAAGGCAAUCAAAGGCAGAAAAUAUUUUUCUGGAUUGUUUACAAAGAACCUGAGGAGAGACUGAAGAUCUGUUUCUGAUGUCACUGCUGCUCUGGAGCACUAGAGAGACGGGACCAUGGAGAAAAACAGAGAGACAGAGAAGCGAGCGGAAUCUCUCCUCUGUGAAAAAUGAAAAAAUGAAACACUCUAGACUGAACUUUACUGAACUUUAACAUUGACCGAGUGUUUGUAUACAAAAUGUGUACAGUUCACAGUCAUGGACCUAUUAACUUCUGGGAACAAAUGGUUAAAUGAACUGUUAAAUGACUGACUGAACUGCACUGGGUGUGGAGGGGACUGGUAGAAUGUCAUUAAGCAAAAACAAUGAACCUGAACUGAACUCAUCCGUCCUUGGCAGCGAUUGGAGGAGAGAGUAGGUGAAACAGGAAAAAUGUCCGUAGCUCGUAGUUGAACCCUGAUCCCUCAGUUGACCCUUGACUUAUCUCCAAGGGUAAUCGUGGUGACUCACGACAGCCAACUAAUCAAAAUGGAGGUGCCUGAGAUUAGACUGAUCUUUAACCCCUAGCCAGCAUCAUUGACUUGCUACGCAGGGUCCAGGGUGGAGCUAACUCAAUGAAGAUCACCCACUGACCGCCACGACCGACCAGCAGUCGAAACCACAACAGACACAAUGAGAACGAUGAAUCUCUUGACUGAACAAACAAACAAACAAACAAUCAAACGUCUCAUCGUUCAAUCUCUAGAAACAAAAAAAUACUUGGUUGGACUUUUUCCGGACUUUUCCAUUUCAUGCAAGAUGGUGAAAAGAUUGUAUGUCCAAAAUCUACUAGAAGCCUAAAAGAGUGUGUUUGGAUGCUAAAAAAAUGAAACCCUUGUCUCUUCAUGGAACAUUUGAUCUACAAAAAUAAAAACAGAGGUGGAAAAUACAUUUUUUUUUAAUCAACAGUAAUUUGGAGGUUGCGUGCACUAUACAGGAUAUAUUCAUUUAAGACGCGACAAAUAAGUCACAGAAGCGUAAUACUCAGUUCUGUGCCAGCAGUAGUCCAAGAAAACAGGAAGGGAACCGACGGAUAAGUUUAUAUUUACAAUAAUCUCCGUCCCAAAUGGCACUCUAUUUCCUAUAUAGUAGUGCACUAAGUAAGGACUUAGGGUGUAAUUUGGGACAUAGACAAUAACAGCCCUGCACUAAAGAGACACGAAAGGAUUCCUAAAAGACACUGUCAAUACCACUGCCUGCCUAUAAUGACUCUCUGAAAUUACAGAACCAAUAAUGUAAAAAAUAUAUAAUUAAAUGAUGAUUAUUUCCAGAGUUUAAUUUAAAUAUUGAUGCUCUUUAUAUGUUUUAUAAUAUUAUUUUGUAUAUAAGGACCAGACUUCUGAAGAAUAAAACAUUUUCAUUUUCA